GCUUGAUUGCUGGCCAUGACACUGCGCCGACUCUUUUAAGCUUUAAGUCUUGACCACCAACCGUCCUCCCAUGGUUCGACGACUACUGCGAUCGUGCCGUGUUCUUCAUACAAGCACGACGUCGAUAAUUACUCUGCCUCAUCGCGAUGCGCAUAAUAUGACCGACCCAAUUCCAUCCCACCACUCCGUACAUUUGGUUCAUCCUUUGGAACCGAACGUCAGGACUUCAGGUCCAGAUUCAGCGAACAAUUCGGAACUAGAACGUCACAAUGACCUACCAACUCCCCCACCGUCCAACGACGACAGCAGUAUAUCUGAAGACGCUACGAACUGCUAUCUACCAAUCGCACGGCCAACGAACGAGUCGUCACCCACGUACACUAAACCCCCCUUUCAUACACAUUCUUUCUUCGUCGUCCUCGAGAGGACCUUCCCGACGGAAGUCGCCAGUACUCUAAUGCGUGCAACUCGUGCACUACUCGUAGAUCGCGUCGGGAGAAUUCGUCGGGAUGGACUAAUAACAAAAGAUCUUGACAAUCAAGCGUAUUUAUUUCGAGCCGCUCUCUCUGAACUUCGAUCCGAAAUGACCCUUACCACGAAGAACGACACCGCGGCGAUCUCUGCAGCUACGACAGCACUUCGGCGAGACCUCGAACGUUUAGAUCAGAAAAUGAAGGAAGAUGUAGCCACUCUUAAGCAUGAGAUACAGAUGGACUUGGACAGUUCGAAGAAUGAAACCAAGGAUAAAUUCAAACGACGCGACAUAUAUGUUGAGGACCUGCUGAAUAGAUCAAUUGUCGAUAUAAGCGAUCUCCGCACAGAGCUGGAGAGCGUGAAGUGGGAUAAUAUGAGACGUGCAGUUGUUGGAUUGUUUGCCUUCGCUUCCAUGGUCCUCAUCGCUGUCGAAUUACGACCAAAACCCCCUCCCCCGAUUUCACCUGUUGCACUCACUCCAUUAACGCCUAAAGAUGUCUCGCAGCCUGCGGCGGAGGGUUUGGAAAAGAUGGAAUGCGCGACCUGAGCAUUAGACCUGUCCCUUUGUUGGGGAAUGAUCCCCGGAAGCUAAUUAGUGUAUAAAAUCCCGACCGUAGAUGCGACAAUAUGUAUCGACACAUCACAUAAUCUAUCAUACAUGCAUUUUGAUUACAGGCCCUCAUCCAUUGAAUGGAUCAAUUCACCCACGGUCUAGCAUCACUGCACUUUGAGGUCUUUCAAAUCGGUCGCCAGUGCGUCCGGAUCCAGAGUCGGGACUGAAGGUGGGAGGGGCUCAGAAGCCUCUGCAACGCUGGUGCUCUUCCUAUUCUUCUCUGUUUCAUCGUCAUCGUCAUCAUCCUCCCAGUUAUCCUUGAUGGCAACAUUUCUCUUCUCUUCUUUCUUCUCCCUCCUUUUCGCAUUCUUCUUCGCACUUUUGCUCAUGGGUUUGUUGGCUUCGCUUUCCUUAUUCGGGGAAGGUACCCAGCCAACUAUGUGUCCCUUUGGAAGUGCGUUUACAUCCAUCUGAGUCUGUUUGGUACCGCGAAAGCGCUUUACAUCCUCCUGGGGAGUGAAUCCUGGUCGGAUUUUAAUCUGUUUGCGAACACUGUUUCAGUUGCUAUUUAUGAGCAGAGACUAAAACGUUGAAUAACGCGAAUGCCAAACGUACGAUCCGUCUGGACGCUUAGAUUCUGGAAUAACGCGGUCUAGGGUAUGAGGGUCGACCACGAUACCAGCAGUCGUCUUUGGUGGGUCGAUGGGAGGUCUCGACAUGCUGAGGAACGCUUCCUUAUGUGCUGGAAAAUCAACCUUUUCA